UUAGAAAUAGCAUGCUUUACACUUCUGGUUUACGAUCUACUGACUACCUUCGGAGAAGAGGUGUGUGGUGGCUCAUAGCGUUAUCAGGACUUCCCUCCAUCAUGUUUGUAUCUCAGGUUGAAUAUUUCUGGUCCGGUCCAUGGAGUUUAUCCCGGGUUUUGUUUUUCUUGAACCGAUACCUUCCAUUUGUCGCCAUGAUGUAGGUCCAAUCAGCUGCCGCUUAAGGGGUUGUCCUGACAUUUAUCUGGUUUCGGACAUCGAAGACCAACGAAUGUUGCACUGUUUGGGGCCAGGAUACCAGCUCAGGUGCACUCAUUGGAUCCGCGCUGCAUUUGAGCUUUCCAUAAUCGCAAUCUGCGUCAACCAAGGAAUUCUCCUCCUCCGUGUGUGGUACAUGUACUCUCAUAGUGCCAUUGCGCGAACGGUUGCAUGUUUCAGCUAUGCAGCAUGCGUUGUAUCAUCCCUCACAAUGACGGGCUUGAGCCUCCCAUUCCUGCAGUCAACCACGGAAUCUCUGCAGCUUCAGCGGCAGAUAACAAGUAUUCCAGGAUGUUCUGCGCCUUCACCAUCGAUAAUCUGGACGGUUUUCGUUCCAAGUACCAUCAUCCACAUGAUCUUGUUUGGAUUCACGAUCGCACGAAUUGUGAAGGUCUCUCGUGACUUGCGGAUGGAUCAAUUAAUGCAACGUUUGGUACGAGACGGUGGCCUUGUCUUCUUCGUCUCGAUGGCCUCAGCUACAUUUUCCGUAGUCGGUGCUCGUUUGAGCAAAGAUCCUGUCAUCAACGGGCCAGCAACUUGGUCAAACUCACAGCUAGCGAUCAGUGCAGUUGCAGUAUCUCGACUUAUGCUCAGCAUACACUCCCUCGCUGGGAAGUUGAAAAUCGAUCAAAAUUGGUUAUUCAACCCGUCUGAGCUCAGUAGGGUAAGGUGGUGGGCUGUCUCUAGUGAUUAUGGCCGGAGCAUCGUAGUCGAGAUGGACACACAUGAACCAGUAGCACAAAAGGUAUGAUGUUAGUUGUGACAUAAUAAACGAUAUAAUACCAAUCAAAUAUCACCUCCGAUGACACAAGUUAAGGAACAUGGUCAAAUAGCCAGGGACACUAAACGAAGAGUAAUUGUUGGUGAUGUCCCUACUGUGAUAUGCUGGAAAGUGUGCUGGAGGAACAGGGAACUAAGGGGCCGUGGCCAAGCCAGGGUGAGGCAUCACAAAUUUGAGUCAGAAUGAUGAUUUUGAAGGCUUGCCGAGAUGUAGU